AUGUUCGACGAUUCGGACGGUGCGUCAUCUGAAGAUGAUAACUUCAGCUCAUACGGUGAGUCUCCUACAGAAGACGAAGAUUCACCAACGCUACCUCCCAAGAAGAGAUAUCAGAACUUCUCGAUGACCAGAUCUAAAGGGAAUCUUAAGGUUCUAAGGUUGGAGAUAUCGUCGAUAGACAUUGCGGUAGGUCAACGAUAUGAGAGUAAAGACGAUUUGGAGAGACGACUGAAACUUCUUACAGUGAGGCAUCAAUUUGAUUUUGAUGUAGAAACAUCAACCCUGACAUCAUACGUUGUUAAGUGUUGGGUUGAUGGAUGUCUCUGGAGAGUUCGUGCUUCUACCCAAGGAGAAUCCCCGGCGUUUUAUGUUCGUAUUCACGAUUCGAAGCAUACAUGUUCCUGCACAGAGCGUUCUAAUCGAUCUCGACAAGCAACACCAGAUAUUUUAGGAGAGUUGUACAAGAAUUUUCUCGGCAACGUUGGUCCGGCCGUUCGCCCUACGAGCGUUGGAAUAGCUAUCACUAAGCAGUUUGAUAUAAAGAUGGAUUAUUGGAAAUCACACCGAACGCUGAAAUUUGCAAGGAAAAUCGAUGAGGGAACACCAGAGUGUGGGUUUGAAAGCUUGCCUUCUUACUUAUACAUGAUAAGAAGGGCAAAUCCGAGUACAGUUACGCGUCUUCAAAUCGAUGAACUUGGAAGAUUCAUGUAUGUGUUUCUUGGCUUUGGUGCGAGCGUAAAUGGGUUUCCUUUCAUGCGCAAAGUUGUUGUAGUCGACGGUACGUUUCUCAAUGGUAAAUACAAAGGGACGCUAGUCACAACACUAGCUCAGGAUGAAUCGAUACGGGCUAUGAUGACCAGAUGGUUUGCUGAACGGAGAGAGGAUGCCAGAUCGCAGCCAACGACGCUUACGCGUGGUGUCGAGAAACUACUACAUGGCCGUGUAACUGCCGCCAGAGAUUUGACGGUCCAAAGGAUUGAUGAUCAUCACACUGAAGUUAAAUAUGGAUUUUCUAGCGAGUCUUUGAAUGUUGUUAAUUUGGUAGAGCGAAAGUGCACAUGUUGGCGUUUCGAACGAGAUAAAUUACCAUGUGUACACGCAAUCGCAGCUGUGGAGUACAACAAUGUUUGUCGUAUAUCCUUGUGCAGUCCUUACUAUAACAGUGCAUAUUUGGUGAGCGCAUACGCUGAAUCGUUCAUGUCGGCUGACUCAGCGCAACCUGUUCCAGAAAUCGUGGCUAACCAACCGUGCUUGCCCCCGUCUAUUCGUCAACAGCCAGGAAGACCUAAGAAAAAUAGGAUGAAAUCUGCUUUAGAAGUUGCACUUCAAAACAAACGUCCUAGGAAAGAACACACAUGUUCUCGAUGUAGACAGAGUGGACAUAAUGCGAAAACUUGUCCGUUGUAA